AUGGAUGCGCCCGAUUUUCAAGCUCCCGACAGCGGCUAUCCGACUCCAAGAGAUGAUAUUCCAUCAACAUCGCGUUCGACUUCACCAAUCACCUCAACACCAAUUGCACCAAUAACCUCAACGCCAUUGAGGACACGAGAGCAGAGGCGAUCACUAAAAGAGCAUUUCUCAUCGUUUCAAGAAGAAUUACAUCAUGUGGAAGCUUCGGAGAGGUCUUUGAAUACAUCGGAAGCGAGAGGCGACGUUUUCGAAGCUCUCAAGCAUGUGGUGAAUCUGAGCAAAGAUCUGAAGGACAGCAAACGCGAGAAUAUGGCGCUUCGCGAGCAGAAUGAGUCGCUGGUGAACGAAACGCGACGCCUUCGCGAGUUGAACUCGUCGAUUCUCGCCGCGCCGCAAAUUCCGCGUCUCGAUUUCGGCGACAUCGGCGAAUUGAAACUCAAAGAUGAAAUCAAAAAGGAAAUCACGUCGAGUUUUUUGCGAAUUGACGCCGAUCCGUGCAUUUUUGAGCAGAAACUCGAUCAGAUGCUCGCCAAUCAGAGCUAUAUGAAACCGAGGAUUAUCACCGCUAGCGCCAUCGUUCAAGUUGAUACGCCGAAAAAUGACGCGAAUGUACAAACGGAAAAAGACGAGUCGGAAGUGUCGGAGAAAAUCAAAAAACUCGAAAACGAAAAAAUCGAAUUGGAGAAUCGAUUAUUCGAUUAUGAAGCGAUGAAAUCGAAAUUCGAGGAGACCGGCGAGAAAUUGGCGACGAAAAAUGAGAAAGCGCACAAACGAAUCGAUGAAUUGGAGCAGAGGUUGGCGAAAUCGCGAAAAGAGCGCGAAGAGAUCGAAACCGAAAACGGGAAAUUGAUUGAGAAGCUCAAAAAUGUCGAAGAGUCGUUGCAAGAAGCCGAGAAUUAUAACGAGGAAUUGCUUGCGAAAUCGUCGGAAUCGAAAAAUAUUAUCAAAGAGCUCGAGCAACAAUUGGACGAGGAGCACGAGAAUCGCGAGCAAGCCGAACGACGCGAGAGCGAGCUGCGAAUUGAGCUCGACGAGGCGUUGAAGGCGAAAAAUGCGGAGAUCGAGCGAAUUCUUGACGAGAAUCGAAAGCGAUGUAAGCGAUUUGAGCGAAUUCAAGCCGAUUCUGAUGAGUAUUUGGAGGAGAUUUCGAAAAUUCGAAAAGAAAAUGAGUACUUGCAUGCUGCCGAGCAGAAUUUGAUUGAGACGAAUAUGGAGCUGAAACGCGAAAAUAACGAAUUUCGAGUGGAAUUGGCGAAUGCUAAUGAGAAAAUCGAGGGGUUUGAAGUGGAGGCGCUGAAAAACGCGAAAGAGAUUCGAAAAAUGAGCGAGGAAAUCGAAAGAAUGGAAAAUUUGUUGUCUGAGAAAGAGGAUGAGGCGACGAAAUGCGGCGAAUUGCUGCAGGAGAUUCGAAAAAGCAAAGAAGAAAUCGAUUUUUUGCGUGCGGAGCUCGCGCGUCGCACUCACACCGCCGACGAGGUUGACGAGCUGAACGCGGCGAUUCGGGCGAGCGACGCGAAAAUUGCGGAGCUCGACGAAAAGCUUGAGGCGAACGAGGCGAUUGUCGAUGAGAAUCGCCGAAAAAUGGAGAAAAUGAUUUGGGAAAGCGCGUCGAAAGAAGUCGAAUGCGAGAAUUUGAAAAAAGACAUUGAAUCGAAGCAGAAUGCGAUGGAGAAUAUUGUACGAGAAGCAGCCGAGAAUAUGAAGCUCUAUGAGGAAUUGAGGCAAUUCAAUGAGAAAAUCAUCGAUGAGUAUGAAGAUUUUAAGAAAAACGCGGAAGCUCAAUAUUUUAGCGAGAUUUCGAAUCGCGAUGAGAUGAUCAAACAGCUGCAGAAUCGUCUCGUUGAGCUUGAAACGUACCCGGGCCAGAAUAUUUCGAUUUCGACAACGCACAAGUCGACACAGACGGAGAACGAGGAGGUGUCUGUUGUCGAAUCGCUGAUAUCGACGGAUGAGAAUCGCAUCGAGGAGAAGCUGAAGGCGCUCGGCGAGCUGGGCCACAAGAUUCUCGAGGCGUUCGACUCGGAGAGGCCGAUGGAGAAACUUCAGCAGAUGUUGGAGCGUGAGAAAAUUGCGAUUGAGGAGAAGCUUCAAGCAGCUGAGGAAAAGGCGACGGAGGAGAUGAGCGCGCACGCGGCGGUGUUGAGGACGAACCGCGAGCUGGAAAUUCGCAUCGACGAGCUGACGAGGAUUGUGCAUCAGAAGGCGUCGGAAGCGGAUGAGAACCGAAAUGUGGCAUUGGAAUUCCAGAAAAUUUGCAAGGAGCAUUAUGAAGACUGUCUUGAGAAAAACAAGUACAUUGACGAGCUAUGCAAUGAGCGUGAGGAACAGAGGAAGUUGUGGGAGGAAGAGACGAGGAACUUGAGGAAGCGACUAGAAGAGGCCGAAGCUGAACUUCAACGAGAGAUUCGAGAAAAAUUGAAUGCGGAGGAUGAAAACGAUGAGCGAUUUGUGAAGAUGAAAGCGGAACUCGACAAAAUGAGAAAGGAGAUUGAGGUUCUUCAGGAGAAACGCAAAUUCGACCGAGAAACAAUGGAUUCACUCAUUAAUAGUGUCAAAAGCAUGGAGGAGAAGAAUCAAGAACUGCGUCGAAAGAAUUACAGAAGGCAGAAGCUCAUUGAUUUUGCCUAUGAGAAUUUGGAGAGGCUCAAUGCGCAAACUGAUGCUCAAUUACUACACAAGGAUAUUGAUUCGCUAUAUAAGGAUUUGCAGCAAAAGUCAUUCCAAAUUUCGCACGAUGAGCGAGACGAAUCAGCGGGUCGCCGGAUAUUAGGCAAACUCAAUCGAUCUUGA